AUGUUAAGGAGUGAUGUUCAUGAUGCGGUGUGUAAGCCUUCUGCUUUUAAUGUUGAUGAUGCGAGCCAUUCCAAAGACACCAGCUGUGACCAUAGCCCAUCCACCUGCGGGGUUACCGGCAUCAAUUUAAAGUGCCCCUUUCAAUUUAGUGGUGAUGAUCCAGAUUUGUGCCCUGACGUUAUUGAAUUCUCUUGUGAAAAUGAUCGAACUGUUCUAUCCUUGAGUGUUGGUUCCUAUCUGGAGAGACAACAAUAUAACUUUUCUGUGGAGCUAAACAGUAUUGACUAUGAGCAACAGACACUUCGUAUAUUUGAUCCUGGGGUGCAAAAGAACAACUGUUCUACUCUGCCAGUCUACCCAUUUUACUACCACAACUUCUAUUUUGACAUGGAGAUUGGUCCUGAUACUGGUUGGUUGGUCUUUGUGAGCUGUAAAAAUCCGGUGAAAUUGAAAUAUCAUCCUCUUUACGUAGACACUGCUUCCUGUAAUGUCACUGCAAAUCAUUUUUCAAAAAUGAAAGCUCCACCCGGUUAUUACAGCUAUGUUGUGGUUGGUGAAAGUGUGGUGGCAUCUGAUAUUAAAGAGUCGUGCACUGUCUAUAAGAAGGUUCCUGUAGACCUGCGGUGUCUCCCUGAUGUAACAGCAGGGGAUAUUUCGUUUCAAGACAUCCACAAUCUUCUGUCUAAUGGCCUUGAGCUCAGUUGGUACAGUGGCCCGCAGGAGCCCCGCAGGAGGAGAUCUCUUUUUUGCGAUGUGGCUCUCAAAUGGGCAGAAGUCUACAGUCACGUCUACCGACAUGUCAUCGGCUCAUUUGAAUAUGGAUAUAAAUAUGAUAUUGGUGGCUUUGUUUCGGAAGUCAGUCAAUCAUUGUUUUGUUCUUCCAUUGCCGCAAAACAUGUCAUCGGCAUUAUCCUCUUGUUUGCUUUCCUCCUUUAUCGGUGUCGUCGGAGGCAUUUAUCGAGGUAUGAUACAAUAGAAGAUUUCCUACAAGCAAACAACAGCCUCAUGCCCAUUAGGUACUCAUACAAAGAAAUAAAGACAAUGACAAAAAAUUUUGAGGAGAAACUAGGUGAAGGAGGCUAUGGCUUGGUUUACAAAGGCAAAUUGCGCAGUGGAGGUGCAGUUGCUGUCAAGAUGCUGAACAAAUCAAAAGCUAAUGGACAAGAGUUCAUCAAUGAAGUUGCAACUAUUGGAAGGAUACACCAUGUUAAUGUUGUUCGAUUAGUGGGAUAUUGUUAUCCCGUCUGCUCAAAACAUGCUCUAGUGUAUGAUUACAUGCCAAACGGCUCUCUGGACAAGUUAAUUUUCUCAAAUUGUCAGAAUGGUUCUCCAUUGAGUUGGAAACAAGUUUGUGAGAUUGCAAAGGGGGUUGCUCGUGGCAUUGAAUACUUGCAUCAGGGGUGUGAUAUGCAAAUUCUGCAUUUCGAUAUUAAACCGCAUAACAUCUUACUCGAUGAGAACUUUGUUCCAAAAGUUUCGGACUUCGGACUUGCAAAACUUUACCCGAUGCAAAAGAGUAUUGCAACUCUUACUGCCGUAAGAGGAACAUUAGGUUACAUGGCCCCGGAACUGUUCUACAAAAAGAUUGGAAGAAUCUCAAACAAGGCAGACGUUUACAGCUAUGGAAUGUUACUAAUGGAGAUGGCGGGAAGGAGGAGAAAUGUGGAUGCGCAUGCCGAGCAUUCAAGUCAAAUAUACUUCCCUUCAUGGAUAUAUGACAAAUUCGAUCAGGUGGAGGAAAUGGAAAUCGGAGAUCAUGCAACUGAAGAAGAAAAGACAAUUACACGAAAAUUGAUUUUGAUUGCCUUGUGGUGCAUACAGAUGACACCUGAGGAUCGUCCUUCAAUGAGAGAAGUCUUAGAAAUGCUUGAAGGUGAUGCUAGUGGUCAAAAGUUGCCUCCUAAACCGUUGUUUUACCCUCCGGAUUCACCCAUAUCCAUGCAAAGAAGCAGCAAUAGUAGUUCUUCUGACGAGUCAACGGCGCCCCUAUGUAGCUCUGUUGCUUUAGAAAUAGAGCAGAUAGAUGACUGA